UAUGCGGCCUUUUGCGUUUCCAUUGCUGUUUCCGUCUCAAUCAAAAAUUUUGGGGAUAAAAAAUCAAGGGGAGCUCGAUCUGGUCGAAGACGAAGAAGAAGCAUCAAUAAGAUCGAGAGUGUAGCGAAAAUGGUGAACAUGACGACUUUUUUCGGGAUGUCGCUUGGCGCUUUUGUGUUCUGGCAAUCAAUGGAUAAAGUUCAUGUCUGGAUCGCUCUUCAUCAGGACGAGAAGCAAGAAAGAAUGGAGAAGGAAGCAGAGAUCAGGAGAGUGAGGGAACAGCUGCUACAAGAGAACAAGGAAAGAGACCCUCUUGCUUAAGUUUCCAAAAUCAUUUAUGAUUUUAUGGUUUAUGAUUUUUCCUUAAAACUUUAUGUAUUAAGCAGAUACACACCAAUGAUUGUUGUUGAAUAAGUUUCUCUUUCUUUGUGCUCUCAACAAUUGAUAUGUUUGUUACUUGUUGCACUGGUAACUCCUGCUAAAGGAAGGAGCAUAGCAACAAGUUUUUCAACUCUCACUCUCUAUGAUUAUCAUAUGAAUGCUCAUCACCUGUUAAGAUUA